UGAUUCGGCUCCACUCGGACGUCUUCGGCUAUUUCCGGGCUUCCCCGCGAAGCUCCGGAGGGCAGGCUGCGCAGAGCGUGGGGACGAAGCGCCAUUCAGUCAAGCAGGCGUCGGGCACACCUGGUCGGAACCUUUCAGCGAACAAAACCAACUUUUACAGGCAGUGAGGAAUGUGGCGAGUUUGACAAGGAGCGAAAGUUUACAGACUUCGUGAAUUGUUUCGCCACCUUGGCAACAACAAGCUAGUUUACGAGCUUCAUGGCAACCGGCGGCUCCAAGUCCAACGCCGCCACCGACUUCCUGGAGGAGUGGAAGGCGAAGCGGGAGAAAAUGAGAGCCAAGAUGUUGGGCGACAUCGCCGCCGCCAGCAACAGCAGCCUCGCGGCGGAGGACACGCCGCAGCCGACGGGCAACCUGAAGAAGGUUGCGUCGCAGACGGACGGCGGUCCCGCGGCGGCCCCGGAGAGCCCCUCUCCCGGUAAGGAGAAGAAAACCUCCGGUCCCAGCGCCAGGAAGGGGAAAUGUCAGAUCGAGAAGAGGAAGCUGCGGGAGAAGAGGAGGUCAACAGGUGUUGUCAGCAUGCCGUCCAAUGAGAGCUUGGACGAACUCGAAGAUGACGAUGGCGGGGAGAAGGGCGGGAGGGCGGAGGAGGAGCAGCUGGUUCUGGCCAACACCUUCCAGAAUGAAGCCAUGACGGCUGAUGCGGCGACGGGCCUCGUCACGGACACUACAAGAACAGGAAGUGGCCGCCCUGUGAGUGACGAGGAGCUAGGCGCCAUCAGCUGGCAUCGCCACUGUCGGGACGCGGCACCGGGAAGUCUGGAGAAGAGGUUGGAGGAGCUGGAGAAGGAGCUGACCAGAGAGCGCCAGGAGAGCGCCAGGCUGCUGAAGGCCCACCAGGACAAAGACGACCUCAUCAACAAGCUCAAGGAGGAGAUCGACCUGCUCAACAGGGAUCUGGACGAUAUCGAGGACGAGAACGAGCAGCUGAAACAAGAGAACAAGACACUGCUCAAAGUGGUGGGUCAGCUGACCAGGUAGAACUUUCCACGCCGCCUCGCUGGACCGAGUUGUGUGUGCGUGCGCGCGCACAUGUGUGUUCUGCUUAGCGUCCUUCUCCGGGUCUCCGAGGACGAUUUGUCCCACUCUUGUGUUGGAGUUGGCUCUCACGGGAGUCACCUAAUGCGUAUUUAAUGUAAAUGUUUUGUACAUAAGAAGCAAUUAGUUGUUUGUUCAGAUCCUUAAAGGGCAAAAAUGAAAAAGAAUGUAUGCGUGUAGCUGCUUGGAAUCCAAGAUGUCCGCCUGAUCAAUCUGCCGCUUCUUCUCGCUCCUCCUGCUUUACACAUUUCAAUGUCGGACUAUUUCGCUUGUCACGCAUCAUGUUUUCAGGGCUAGUUUUUAGUAUUGGAAGUAAGAAGUAUUUUCAUGUCUUUGCUGCUUUUUGCGUCCACCAAAUGAACGAGGGACUAUGAAGGCAUCAAAGGCAACCAGCCAGAAGAAGAUACUCCUUAUUUUUUAUUUUUUUUUAGCUUUUAGACGGCAACAUCGCACAGACGCACGCGUACAAACGGUGCGGAUGUGUUUUGCAUGUACAGAUGCAGGCAUUUAAUAAAAGUUUUCAUUAUCUCUCUUCA